GAGAGACGCGGCGGUUGCGUCAGCAGGGGUGGGAUCAGUGGGAUGCUGCGAAGAGGAGCAGCGACGGUGGCGGUCGAGGGGUUUCUUUCACUCAGUUUUGUUGUCACCGUCUCGCGCGACGAGUGGUGAGCAGCGAGUGACAAGAUGAUGGUGUUGGAGAACGCGUCUGGGGCGAGCUGCAGGUACGAGCACUCGGUGAUGGCCGGCUACCCUGGCGCCUACCCUGGCCUCCACCAGGAGCCGUCGUGCGACUCGAGUUCAAGUGUCAGCGAAAUGCAGGACGACCUCGACUACGAGAGCGAGGCCGACCACGUCCUCGCGCCCGACAGCAUGCAGCACACGCACGAUGACUCGCCCAGGUGCCUCACCUGGGCCUGCAAAGCGUGCAAAAAGAAAACCAUUGCAAAGGACAGACGUCGCGCCGCCACCCUCAGGGAACGUCGGCGGCUCAGAAAAGUAAACGAAGCAUUUGAAAUCCUAAAGAGACGGACAAGCAGCAAUCCGAACCAGAGACUACCAAAGGUGGAAAUUCUGCGGAACGCGAUAGACUACAUUGAGUCGCUGGAAGAGGUGUUGUCCGGCAGAGACGAAGACUCACCAAACACAAUGCAGCUCAAUCAGGGAACACCCUGCGCCAGGGACUACCUCCAUAGCAAUGUAAUCAACGACCAGACCUACCUAUCUGAACGACUUCAAGGCUUCCACUCCAAUCUGAGUCAUCGAUACCCUCCUAUAAAAGGGCCGAAUGAGUUGUGCUCGACCGGAAGCGACAGCAGUGGCACCUCCAGUCUCGACUGCCUCAGUCUCAUUGUUGAGCGAAUCAGUCCAAGACCUUCCGAGACGACCCUGACAAGCAGAACGGAGGUCGACAAUCAACCUGACUACAUGAUGCAGCACUGACUUAUUGGAGAUUCAGUGCCUCGAACGAAAACUUUGCCAAAGAUCAAAACCAAAAAUUAUAUUCAGCGAGUGCAUUUGUUGUACCAGACAGACACAUGUGCUCUUGGAAAUUAAUAUUAAGUAAGUGGCCUUAUUAGAAAUAGUGUUUUUAUUUUAAUUUAUCCAAACUAUUAAGCGCACGUGAGAAUAUGAGAUUUACAUUGUAUAAUUUUUAAAUAUAAAUAUAAUAAUUAGAACUGGAAUUUUGUUCUGAUCAUAAAUCAGUAAGUGAAAUUAAAACUUCACAAUUAAAUAAAAAUCAUAUUGAGUAUAGCAUUUUGAGAGGCUUGUAAAAAUUUAUUAUGAAAUAAGUGCCUUAUUUUUACUGUACUAGAUAAAAUCUAUGCAUAAAAU